GGCUUAACGUUUGUCCUGCGCGGUCAGUCGGCGCUUUGCGGCGUUUCAGACCAUCAUAAAAAGACAGUUAUGUUAGCUAGCUAAGAGUGUCUGAUCUCUCUGUGAGUGUUAGCACCGAGGAGAUGUUAGCGAUUAUGAACGAUGCGAAUCUGUUCCGUAUCUGACCAAAGAGAGGAUGCCAUAAGUGACACAAAAUAGGAUUGUUUGUGAGCAUGGCAGACAGAAAGGGAAAACCAGCCCCUCCAAUGAAAACACUCACAAAGAAAGAACAAGAGGAGCUCAAAAAAAAGGAGGAAGAAAAAGCAGCAGAGGUGUUUGAAGAGUUUUUGGCUUCGUUUGAGACCAGCGAGAAAAGUAGAGUGAAAACUUUUGUCCGUGGAGGUAUUGUGAAUGCAACUAAAGAGGAGGAAGCAGCAGAGGUCAAGAAAAAUAAGCUCUACCAGCCUGCGACCAAGUUCAUCCCUGUGUCUCAGCAUGUCUCAUCUGUCUCUGCUGAAAGCAAAAAGUCUACAUAUAAAAGGAAGACAGAAGAGAAGAAGAAGAGUAAUCUCGAACUGUUCAAAGAAGAACUUAAGCUAAUACAAGAAGAACGUGAAGAGAGACAUAAAAGGAAGAAAAAUGACUCCGGUGGAGGAGUACAUGGAGAUUUGGACUUGCCAUUAUCAGGACGAUCAAUGUUAUAUGAUGACCUAACAGUGCCAACCACCACUAACCUCUACAUUAACUGCAUAAGCCCGAAGAUGAAUGAAGAGAUGCUCUGUAAAGAGUUUUGUAAGUAUGGUCCCCUGGCCAGUGUGAAGAUUAUGUGGCCCCGAACAGACGAGGAGCGCUGCAGAACCUCAAACAGAGCAUUCGUGGCUUUCAUGACACGGAAAGAUGCAGAGCGAGCCUUGGCUGCGCUUGACGGUAAAGUGAUUAUGGGUUUUGAGAUGAAGCUGGGAUGGGGAAAACCAGCUCGUAUUCCACCUCAGCCUCUCUACACGCCGGUGGGGGUGAGAGCCACACCGCCGCCCCCAUCUGGCCUUCCUUUCAAUGCUCAGCCCAGGGAUCGCUUCCGCAAUGACUUUACCAAGCCACUGGGCAUGUCUAAAAAAGAGCUUGACAAGACUCUGUCCGAAGCCGUAGUCAAAGUGGUUAUCCCAACCGAAAGGAAUCUGUUGUUCCUUAUUCACAGGAUGAUAGAGUUUGUGGUACGUGAAGGUCCCGUGUUUGAAGCCAUAAUCAUGAACAAAGAGAAAAACAAUCCAGAUUACAGGUUCCUUUUUGACAACAAAAGCCAAGAUCAUGUGUACUAUCGCUGGAGACUGUUCUCCAUUCUUCAGGGAGAAUCCCCGACAGAGUGGAGGACGUCAGAUUUUCGCAUGUUCCGAGGAGGCUCUUUGUGGAGACCCCCCUCUUUAAACAGCUACUCUCAGAGGGGCGAAGAAAGAGCAGAGGUAGAAGAUGAUGUUUCCCAUGAGGAGGAGGUGAAGAAAGGGCAGCUCAGAGCUGAACACAGACAGCGACUGGAGAUGUUGCUUAAGGAGCUCACUCCGAGCAGAGACGAUGUUGCCAAUGCCAUGCUGUUCUGUCUAGACCGAGCAGACGCAGCAGAGGAAGUAGUGGGACACGUCUCCGACUCGUUCUCCUUGCUCCAGACGUCCCUUCAGAAGAUGAUUGCUAGAUUGUAUCUUGUGUCAGACAUCUUGCACAAUUCAUGUGCCAAAGUAGCCGGUGCCUCGUAUUAUCGGAAAUAUUUUGAAACAAAGCUACCGCAGAUAUUUGGAGACCUUAACACGGCGCACAAAAACAUACAAGCCAGGCUCCAGGCGGAGCUGUUUAAGCAAAAGGUCAUGAGUUGUUUUCGAGCAUGGGAGGAUUGGGCCAUUUACCCAGAGCCUUAUCUAAUCCACCUUCAAAAUGUCUUUCUUGGGUUUGCUAAAGCAGGGGAGGAGCCGACAGAGAUUGCAGAGGAAGUAUCCUGUGAUAUUGAUGGUGCACCAAUGGACAGCACACCUAUAGAUGGCGUACCUUUGGACAGAACUCCUGUGGAUGACCUGGAUGGCUGCCCUAUGGGCUGGGACCCUCUGGAUGGGGUCCCCGUUGAUGACAUAGAUGGUGUUCCAUUAGGGGUCACCGCUGAUGACAUUGACGGGAUGCCUUUGGAUGAAGGCAGUGUUCCUCUCGCAAGUGUGCCUUUGUCUAAGUGGGAGAACAUGAGUGAUACUGGGAUGUUUUCGCAAGCAAAGUCUGAAUCUAAGUGGGACACCGUGGCGGAGCAAGACAGUGAUGAUGAAGCGAAUGUCAGUGGCAACUCACAAGAUGGAGACGAAGACUCGGAGAGUGACAGUAGUGCGGAUUCCUGCAGUCUGUCAAACUAUGACAGUGCAGUUUUUCAGAGCUCGCUCAGAAGUUUUCAGAUGUCUGAAAGCAAAAGGAAAAGGCUGAGAGAGCUGGAGGUAAAGGUUAUGAAGAUCCAAGAUGAGCUGGAGUCUGGCAAAAGGCAGAAGAAGUCUGGAAUGAGCAUACAGCAACAAGUGGAGCACUACAGAAACAAACUGCUACAGAAGGAGUUUCAAAAAGAUGAAGAGAAGAAUGAGAGAUCAAUAUCAAAAUCUAAAGAGAGGUCAAAGGAUGACAGGAGGAGCAAAGAAAAGAGCAAAAGAAAUGAAGAUGGGGAAAGAAGGCGUAGUAAUGACUCUGGACACCAGCCCCGGAAAUCAAGGAGCAUCUCUCCUUUAAAGAUGAGGUCUCCCAAAUGGUCCAAACGUUCCCGAUCACCAUCUCCAGACCGCAAGGCCGGCAAAUCCAGGUCACGGUCACCGCAUCGCUCCCACAAGAAAGCAAAGAAGAGCAAACACUGACUCUGCUCUGCAGCGGCCUCCUGGUGUCCACGGGUUACUCACUUCUGCAGAGCUCCUUCAAACAGACCAACGUGUCUGCUCUCAGUCAUAACUAAAACACUCCAUGCAAGAUUCAUUACACUUUUAUAUGAUGAAGAAUGAACACUGUAAUUAUAUUUAUUUUUGUUUUAAUGUUUGGUUUAAAAUAAAAGUUUUGCUGUAAA